AAUGUAUAUAUGCUCGAACAGUACCACUUCGAUAUCCAGGAAGAGCAACUCAGGGCUGGGGCGAAGCCAGGCGACAGCGGAUUUGGCAGAGAGCCCUCAGAGAGAUAUGGUAGGUCAAGGAUUUUUUUGCCCAGGUAGCGAGAUAUGCUGACAGUUCUGCCUAGGUACACUCACCACCGUUCAGGACGGCAAGUUUGUUAAGGAAGUUGCACCCACGGUGGAGCCACCUACCUGGACAGAGUACUACAGGAAGCUGGCGCGGGCCCUUGCUGGAGAGGGUGAUCUCCCUGCCAGCGGAGCCGAAGCCCGUGAGAUUAUCCGGCUGAUCGAGUUGACUCAGGAGAGUUCCAAGCUGGGCAAGACCGUGGAUGUAUAAAGUAUGCCCAAAUGAAAGUAACGCUACCCAUAAUAUGAUGAUUGAACGAUGCUAGAAAUGUACGCGCCGUGUAGAUUGGAUGUCUCUGGGUGACAUGAUACAGCAGAAAUGUUUUAACAAUGCUAAUUAUUAGCGUGCUCCACCUCCUGUGGGCGAAAAUUUGGACCGUCGUACUCCGUAGGUGGCUUCUGUGCAGCCAGCACGGUAACACACCGUACCUGGCUUCCACUGAUCCGGGCGAGUCUGACGAGGGCCCAAGAAGGUUCGCGCCUUUUUUUGGAGACCCCAGAUUGAUCGACAAUUGCUCAGGCUCGGCAUGGAUGAGGUUCGCCCUGAUUACACGGUACCAAUACGGAAACGAGUCAGAAAACGCCCAAGGAAUUCCCCAAGGUCGGGUAACGGUCGGCGUAAUGUUACGGCCCAGUGACCUCAUCGCAGCUCGCCCCGACGCUAGACCCCAAACGGGGUUUCCAUUACCCAACUCGAAUAUGCUGAGUGGCAGGCAAGUGACUUCCACCCGACGACGAAAGGGUUUCUGGGGGAAGUCGGUUCCAGUGCAUCAAUGGCUUCCAGCUCAUCGUUGCAUUCUUGCUGCGUUCCUCCUCUCCUCCGCGGAGAUCCUGUCCGUCGUGAUGUUGGAGAAGUCUUUCCGGUGCCGGUUCUUCCAUGACUCCUCAGCAGCCCUCGACAAUGGCCCCAUGGCCCAUGCUAGUAUUUUAAUCUCCAGCAACCCCAUAAUGGCCCUGUCCGCUUGCGCAUCGUCUGUUUCAACCUGCCAAUGAGAUUGCUCCAUUAUAUUUAGUUUCCCUUUCCUCCUGUCACCCAGUGACCCAACGUAGUCCAGGCAAGUUUUCAUUCUCACCCCCCUGAUAUGGACCCGUCAGGUCUCCUCUUAAUCAAACUGAUGCCUG